AUUGACAUGGUCAACGCAGUAUCGUUUGCAUGUCCUUCUCUAGAAUGGAAAAUGGACUGAACCUAGGCCAAACCUAGGCUGUCAGAAUUGAUCAGAGCGGCCUGGCACGUGAUGGUCCACGGCAUGCAACGCCCGCUGUUCUCUUUCGCCAUUUUCCGAUCUUUUCUGAUAUCGAACGUUUUGGGAGGUUCACCAGAUUUUAACGCUUUGUGCUUUCAGCCGAUCAUCGUGCAUCAUGUCACGGCGUCCGCUACAUGCAAUUUGCCUAUCGGUGAAUGGCACCCAUCGCGCCGGAUGAUAUCACGUCGCUCAAAGCCCAACCGUGACAACAUUAAUAAUGGGCGUUCUGAUGUGCAGCGCGCCCGGGUCGUCAUGACCAAUUCAUUGCCGAUGUACUUUGAGCGCUCAGCGCAAUCAAUCAGAAAAGAUUGACAAAGUAGGCUGCUGCGGAAUUUGACUGAUCGGGUCACGAGAAUCCAUAUCACAUAGCGAGCCCGCUGGCACUUGAGGGACUUGGUGUUACUAUCGAUUUUCCUUCAUCAAUUCAAGGACCAUCGUGAUCUCCGAAUAUUCAAUAUUGUAC